AUGGUAGCAUAUAUAGAAGAAUUGGAUCUGACAUCUAAUCGGGUUAGUGUUGCUGUCAAGUUAAUCCGUUGCUGGACACCUGAUCUCAUAUUUGGAGGAUCAAACUUUAAGUUUUUGAUUGUCGUUGAUGAGAAGGGAAAACGAAUUGAAGCUAAAAUCCCAUUUCGUGAUUACUUUGAUCAUUUCGUACAUGUAUUGGAAGAAGGAGAAUGGUUUCUUCUUUAUAAGUUCGAAGUUAUGAAAAAUCAGCAAUCUUUCAGGAACUGCAACAAUCCUUUCCUCUUAUUGAUCACAAAUCAAACUCGAAUCACCCUAAUACCUCCCAGAUGUCCAGGCAACUUUCUUCAUUUAACAGAUGCAAUAACGCUUGAGAAUGCUACAGAGAAUGAGAAAAACUGUUGCGUUGAUUUUUGUGGGAUGGUGGUACGAGUCGCACCACGUCUUAAAGUUCACUUUCUAGAUCGUGAAGCUGGUUACGAUGGUUAUAAAGAAGUUCUUCGCUUUACAGUGAAGGACAUCAAUGGAGAAGAGAUUAAAUGUCUUGCCGUAGGUGUUACAGCUUUGGAAUUUGAUUAUAAAUGGGAACAAAUUACUUCAUGUCCUUCAUAUGGAAGCGAAGACGUCAUGUGUCUGCUUAUGUUUUGGAGAAGAGCUUCCUUUGCCGGUAACGUAUGUUUAAUGUCUCAAUUUAGAUGUUCGAUUCUUAAACUUGGAAACGAAGUCAGACCAUUCACGACUGAUCCUGCUCUUCUCGCUUUUCAUGAUACAUCAGAUGAUGAAGAUUAUCAGGUAGAAGAAGAAUCAAAUAUUGAAGAAGAAUAUGAUGAUCAGGUGUUUUAUUGUAGUAGGCAAGGAGAAGAUUUUUCAUCAUCAUCUGAAUAUGCUGAUGAUGAUGAAGAUGUUGUUGAUCAAAUUACACCACAACUUUCAGCUGUUAAUGAUGCUAAACGACGUUAUGAUAUGCUUACCAUGUUUGAAGAAAGUUUUAAAAAAGUUUUUGGAACCGCAACUAUUACUACAAAGAAGACUAUUAAUUUAUGGGCAGGAUAUGCAGAUGAUGGUGAUCCUGAAUAUAGUUGUCCUCAUUGUGGUGCAAUUUUUUGGUAUGGAGAGAGGUUGCGAAGGAGAGUAGAUCGUUCUGUUAAAAAAGGCCGUGGCCCAUCCAUGUUUGCUUUGCAAGGUGAAAACUAUCACUUGAUGGGUUCUUUAAAACCAAAGGCUGGUGAUUAUGCAAAGUUUCAACAACUUUAUAUUGUUGACACUCAAAAUGAAGUCCAAAAUAGAGUGAAUGUUAUGAGAUGUUCGAUUCUUAAACUUGGAAACGAAGUCAGACCAUUCACGACUGAUCCUGCUCUUCUCGCUUUUCAUGAUACAUCAGAUGAUGAAGAUUAUCAGGUAGAAGAAGAAUCAAAUAUUGAAGAAGAAUAUGAUGAUCAGGUGUUUUAUUGUAGUAGGCAAGGAGAAGAUUUUUCAUCAUCAUCUGAAUAUGCUGAUGAUGAUGAAGAUGUUGUUGAUCAAAUUACACCACAACUUUCAGCUGUUAAUGAUGCUAAACGACGUUAUGAUAUGCUUACCAUGUUUGAAGAAAGUUUUAAAAAAGUUUUUGGAACCGCAACUAUUACUACAAAGAAGACUAUUAAUUUAUGGGCAGGAUAUGCAGAUGAUGGUGAUCCUGAAUAUAGUUGUCCUCAUUGUGGUGCAAUUUUUUGGUAUGGAGAGAGGUUGCGAAGGAGAGUAAGAACUAAUAAUCCAGUCUAUACUGGAUGUUGUAUGCAAGGACAAAUUGUUCUACCUAUGCUAAAAGAGUCUCCAGAAAUGUUAUGGAAUCUACUAACAAAUGAAGAUGAUUUGUCACGUCACUUCCAGGAGAAUAGUAGACCUUAUAACAUGGUUUUCUCUUUUACAUCUUUGGGUGGAAAGGUAGAUCGUUCUGUUAAAAAAGGCCGUGGCCCAUCCAUGUUUGCUUUGCAAGGUGAAAACUAUCACUUGAUGGGUUCUUUAAAACCAAAGGCUGGUGAUUAUGCAAAGUUUCAACAACUUUAUAUUGUUGACACUCAAAAUGAAGUCCAAAAUAGAGUGAAUGUUAUGAGCAAAGAAGGACGUCAAGUCAAAGUUGAUGGGAAGAAAAAAUUCAGGCCAGAUCUUGUGGAAAGCUUAAUCAAAUUGUUGGACGAAGUUAAUCCUCAUGUAAGAGCUUUUAGAAUGGCUAGAGAUAGGUUUGAUAUGGAGAAAGAAGAAUCAAACUUCCAUAUGAGGAUUAUCUCAAGUCGCAUAACAGAUGGUAGGCAAUACAACAUCUCUACAGCCUCUGAAGUUGCUGCACUGAUUCCAGGAGAUAUUGAUGCAAAUAUGGAUAAAAGAGAUAUCGUCCUCCAAAAAAGAAGUGGAAAAUUACUAAGAAUUCAUGAAUGCCAUGUCACAUAUCUAGCCUUACAGUAUCCUUUGUUGUUUCCAAGAGGAGAAGAUGGCUACAGACUUGGUAUUAAGAAGACAAAGAUAACAAGAGGAAGGAUAUCAAAGAAACAGUCAAAGAAAAAGAAUUCAAAUAAAAAAAGUCAGAAGGAUGUAAGUAUGAGGCAGUGGUUUGCUUAUAGGCUUCAAGAAAGAAAAAUUGAGAAGCACACCCUUCUAAGAUCAAAGCGUUUAUUACAACAGUUUAUUGUUGAUGCCUAUACCAUGAUCGAAACAAAUAGGCUAAGGUAUUUAAAGAAAAACCAAAAGAAACUUCGAAGGACAAACAAGGAAGAUUUGAGGAAAGCAGCAGAAGCUGGAGACGACAAUUUGAACAAUCAUGGAGACUCUUUCACGCUACCUGCUUCCUUUACUGGAGGACCAAGGUAUAUGAGGCAGAGCUACCUUGAUGCAAUGGCUACAUGUAAGAAGUUUGGGUUUCCAGACCUCUUUAUUACAUUCACAUGCAAUCCUAAGUGGCCUGAAAUUGUAAGAUUUGUGAAUGAGAGGAAGCUAAAGGCUGAAGAUAGACCAGACACCAUUUGCAAAAUAUUCAAGAUCAAGCUUGAGAAUCUAAUGGAUGACAUCACAAGAAAACAUAUUUUUGGGAAAACAGUUUCAGCUAUGUACACAGUAGAGUUUCAAAAAAGGGGUCUUCCACAUGCUCAUAUUAUAGUAUGGAUGGAUCCGAAAUGCAAGUUUCCUACUGCAAACGAAAUUGACAAGUUGAUUUGUGCUGAAAUUCCAGACAAGGAAACAGAUCCAGAACUCUACAAUAUAAUAUCAGAAUGUAUGAUUCAUGGUCCAUGUGGUGCUGCUUACCCCUCAUCUCCUUGCAUGGAAGAAGGUAGCUGUUCAAAAUUUUACCCAAAACCACAUGUUAAAACCACCAGCAUUGACAAGGAAGGUUACCCGGUUUAUAGAAGAAGAAAUGAUGAGCGUUUUAUCGAGAAGAAUGGUUUCAAAUGUGAUAACCGAUAUGUUGUGCCUUACAAUCGGUUUUUGUUGGUCAAAUAUCAUGCUCAUAUAAAUGUGGAGUGGUGCAACCAAACAGGUUCAGUGAAGUACUUAUUUAAGUAUGUUCACAAAGGUAAUGAUCGAGUUGGUGUCAUUGUUGAACCUCAUAAAAAAAAAGGAACUGAAGAAGGUCAGAAGAAUCUUCAAAAUGAGAAUACGCCAGCAUCAAAAGACGAGAUACAAGAUUACUUCGAUGGCAGAUAUGUAUCUGCGUGUGAGGCUAUGUGGAGGAUUUUAGCUUACCCAAUACAUUAUAGGAAAACCGCUGUUGUCCCACUCACUUUCCAUGAGGAAGGCAAACAUCCUAUUUAUUUUCGGGACGGUGAGUCUGCACAGGAUGUCAUGGAUCGUGACUCUCUUGAUGAAUCUCAGUUUCUUGCUUUAUUUGAACUUAAUAAACGUGAUGAAGAAGCUAGGAAGUUAUUAUAUGAAGAAAUACCAAGCAAGUUUAUAUGGGAUGGGAAGGAGAAAGUUUUUUACAAAAGGAAAACAAGAGCAUUUGCUAUAGGGAGAAUUAACUACGUUCCUCCGACGAUUGACGAUGCAUAUCAUCUUAGGAUUCUUCUCAAUUCAGUCAGAGGUCCUACCAGUUUUGAUCACAUUAAAACUGUUAAUGGUGUCAUACACAAAUCGUAUCGUGAUGCAUGUUAUGCUCUUGGUCUGUUAGAUGAUGACAAAGAAUAUAUUGAAGGUAUUAAAGAAGCACACUUCAUGUGUUCUGCAAAGUACGUUCGUAAAAUGUUUGUGAGGAUGCUUAUCUCCGCCGUGCUAAGUGCUCCUCAUAUUGUGUGGGAAGAAACUUGGACUAUGUUAUCUGAUGACAUAUUAAGGCGUAAAAGAGAAGAACUAAAACGACCAGAAAGGAAAAUAUUCUGUUUACAAGAGAUAAACAAACAGUUGAAAAGAAAUGGUUCUUCACUUGAGUUUUUUAAGACUCUGCCCCAGCUACAGAAUGAUAAUAUUCCUGUCUUAAACCAGUUAAUAGCUGAUGAGCGUAGAUUCAUCAAUCAAGCUGAUUUAAAAAAGAAUCAUCUGGAGUGGUUAAAUAUGCUUACUCAAGAGCAGAAGAAGAUAUAUGAUGAGAUCAUAGACUCUGUUUUCAAAGAUAAAGGUGGAGUAUUUUUCUUAUAUGGUUUUGGUGGAACUGGUAAAACAUUCCUUUGGAAAGUUUUAUCUGCAGCUGUAAGGAUAAGGGGAGAAAUCGUUUUAAAUACUGCUUCUAGCGGUAUAGCCUCUCUUUUAUUAGAAGGUGGCAGAACAGCUCAUUCAAGGUUUGGCAUUCCUCUUGAAGUUCAUGAUACAUCUAUGUGCAGAAUGUCAAGGUCUUCUGAUCUAGGUGAAUUAGUCCAAGAAGCCAAGUUGAUAAUUUGGGACGAAGCUCCAAUGAUGAGUAAGUACUGCUUUGAGACUUUAGAUAGAAGUUUGAAAGAUAUAAUGCGUGAUCCUGAAGAUAAACCUUUUGGGGGAAAGGUCAUUAUUUUUGGUGGUGAUUUCCGUCAGAUACUUCCUGUUAUUGUCGGUGCUGGUCGAGAACAAAUUGUUAACUCAUCGCUUAACUCAUCUUACCUUUGGAAUCAGUGUAAAGUGUUAAGGCUAACAAGAAAUAUGAGGUUGCUGCAAAAGAUAACUCCAAAUGAAGCCAGGGAGAUUGAAGAGUUCUCGAAAUGGAUUCUUGAUGUUGGAGAAGGAAGACUUAAUGAGCCAAAUGAUGGAGUAGUUGAUAUUGACAUCCCAGAAGAAUUGCUUAUCACAGAAGUAAACUCUCCAAUUGAAUCGAUCGUUAAUGCAGUGUAUGGUAAUUCGUUACAUACUCCCAAGGAUUCCAGCUAUUUUCAAAGCAGAGCUAUUUUGUGUCCUACAAAUGAUGAUGUCAACACUAUAAACGACCACAUGAUAUCCAUUUUAGAAGGUGAGGAAAGGGUUUACUUAAGUUCAGAUAGUAUUGAUCCACAAGAUACAAGGAAUAAAGACAAUCCUGCAUAUAGCCCUGAUUUCCUAAACUCAGUUAGGAUUUCAGGAGUGCCAAACCAUGCUCUUCGUUUGAAAAUUGGUUGUCCAGUCAUGUUGUUACGCAAUAUUGAUGCUCAUGGAGAUUCCCGUUUGCCUUUCAAAAUGAGACGUAGACAAUUCCCGAUUAACGUUGCUUUUGCAAUGACUAUCAACAAAAGUCAAGGUCAGUCUCUCUCAAAUGUUGGUUUAUACUUGCCCAGACCUGUUUUCUCUCAUGGCCAGCUAUAUGUAGCCAUGUCCCGUGUAAGCAGUAAAUCAGGAUUGAAAAUCCUCAUUACUGACCCAAAAGGAAAACCCGAAAAGAAAACAAGGAAUGUCGUCUUCAAAGAGGUUUUCCAAAAUAUUUGA